AGCCAUCAAGAGCCAUUGCGACGUCACAAGGGGUCACGUGUUAGUCUUUUAUAUACGUACAAUUUAUUUUACAAAAAACGGAGUAGAAGUUAUUUUCAUUCGCAAGAUUCGUCAUUAAACAUUGGAAACGAAACUAUAACGACUGUUAUUAAUAAUUUAGAUAAACGAAAAAAAGAAUUACGAUUGAAAAUAACUUUUUAUCAGUUUUACGUCUUUCAAAUAAUUGUCCUGAGGCUGCUAAAGUGCAGAAGGGCUCUAUGUGCUCCAAAUCGGCGAUUUUCAACGAUAUCCUAGUUUUCAAGAACGUCAUAAUUGAAUACUCUGAAAAGAGUAAAUUAGAAAAAAAUAAAUUUCGAAAAUUAUUUAAACGUCAAUAUGCGCAACGAGAUCACAGCCGCAGUUCUGUUCUUAGUGCAGCUGAUAGAAAAAAACGAAAAAUUUAGUCCUGAUCAAUUGGAAUGUUUUAGGCGUCAUUUGGUUGAAUUAUUGACGGAACGUUUUAAAAAUCAUUGGUUCCCCGAUAAACCAUUUAAGGGCCAAGGAUAUCGUUGUAUACGUGUUAAUGGUAAUAAUCGUAGAGAUGAAACUUUAGAGAGUGCUGCAACCGCUGCUGGUGUUAAAUAUGAAGAUCUUACAUUACCAAUAGAAUUAACAUUAUGGGUUGAUCCAAAUGAAGUAUGCUGUCGUUUUGGUGAGAGUAAAGGUUCAUUUUGUACACUCGCUUCCUUCGAUGAGAAAGAAAACACCGUUCCCAUUAUUAAAUCGAAUAAAAAAUCCGAGGAAAAGGAAGAAAAAGAUAACGAUUCAGGCGUUCAGAAACGUCCCUUGACUCCAACUUCGGAACAACAAACAAAAUCAAAACCUCUAAGUUCAACAAACCAAAAUCAACAGCACUCCAACAACAACAACAACAACGGCGGUGGUGGUGGUUCAGGUAGGAAACGCAAUUUAAACAGCCCAAGGUUACAUUUAAAUCGAAAUCGUUCAUGGUUCAAUCAUUCUUUUAAUAUGGGUUACGGUCCACAUCCAAUGAAUCAAUGGUAUAAUAUUAUGCCCCCACAUUUUUUGGGUGGCCCAUCACCGCCACCUUUUAUGGGCCAUCGAGGAAAUAAAUGGGGCCCCUCUUAUCCCACUGGACCCGCUAGAUUUCAUCAUUGGUCACCAAAAGCAACCCUUAAAGUUUAAAAGAACAAUGCCGACCCACUAAAAAUGAAAUCUGUUCCUAAUAACAAAAAAAUUCGCACAUCGCUCGUUCUAAAUCAAAUCAAUUCAAUUGAUUAAUAAAAAAAUUAAUUAAUCAAAAAAAAAAGAAAUUACGUCAAGAGAACGAAAAAACUUUUUGACAAAUUUUUCCUCUAGUUUUAAUGGUUAAACGAUUCACUAUUUAAUAUAUUAGAAACAAUUUUCUUAUUAGCUGUCAAAAAAUAAAUCAACAGAUUUAAAAUAUUCAUAAACCUUGAAAUUAGAUGUUUCUAAAAUAUAAAAAAAAAAAUAAAGAAACAUAUAUAUGCUAAAAAAAACAGAAACAUUUAACAUUAGGUCCAGAUUUCUCUACUUUUAUAUAUAUAAAAAUAAAACAAUAACGAUUAAUUGAUUAAUUAUAUCUCUGCAAAGAGAAUUCUUCUGAUCUUAAUAUUUAAUGAUGAAUUUACUAUAUGUAUUAUUGUAUGUUACAUAUAGUGUUGCAUGAAAUAGAAAUUUAUUUAACUGUAUACAAAGAAUGCAAAUUGUAUAGAAGCAUUUGCAUUUUAUAAUGUAGAGUUUAUUAUAUUGUUAUAUACGUAUAUAUUUGAAGAGAAUUAAUAAUGUUUUAUUUACACAAUAUGUUGAAUAUCAAUUUUUUUGCGAAUUUCGUUGUUUUUUUUUCGUUUUUUUUUUGCAAUAAAUUAGAGUUUUAGACAUUUUUUCAAAAUAAAUAUUUUAUUUUUCUAAUUCAAAAAUUUUUUUCCUAUGUACGACUAUAUGAACUGUUAUAUGUAAUAUUUAAAUUGAAUUUUUAUUCUCGUACAAUAUUUGACAUUUAAUUACAAUGGAAUCAAUAUAAAAUAAUUCCAAAUAAAAUUUAAAUCUCUAGAUAUUUAUUUUCAGUAAAAUUUAAAUUUGAAUAUCUUUUUAGAUUUUCAAAUUAAUGAAAUUUAAAUCUGUUGAAUUUUAUAAUAUAAAUAUACGUUAAAAAAAAUUCUUGUUAGGGGUAUUCUUUUUUUUCUAUUUUACUGUGUAAUAUUUUUCAUGCCCACUUUUAGGAGUUUAUAAGCUCUCUGUUUGCUAAUCGAUGUAUUGUUCUUUAUUAUUAUUAUUAUUAUUAUUAUUAAUUAUUAAUUUUUAAAUGUUUAACCAAAAGUACUAAUCGCUUGUUAGACAUGUUAUGCAUCUCCUGCAAUAAUAUGCAAGAACAUUGCUGACUCGUAAUAGCUUUGUAUUAAGUUCUUAAUCGACUGAUUAAUCUUAGUGAUUACGUGAUCCUUUGCCAGAUUGUUAGUUUUCUCUUUUUUUUUUUUUUUUUUUUUUUAAUUACUAAUCAGAAUAUAUAAAUAAAUAUUUGAGUGCAACGCAAAUUUUUGUAAAGAAAUACAUUUUUUUUUUCAACGAUAUAUUUGUUCUUGGCGUUAUGCACUUUCCACGCUUUAAAAUAAAGAAUUGAAGGAUCAAAAUAUUUGUAUAUAACACUCUUGUAUUGUAAAUAUUCACAAAAUACAAUUCAUUAAUAUUGACGAAGCGAAUUUAACUUUUCAUCGUAUCAGUCGAUAAGUUUCACAUUUAUUUUUUUAUUUUUUUUUUUUUUUGUUUCCUUUCUCGUAUCCGCUAAAUAUUUAACGUUAUAGACUAUAUAUAUUUAAUCAGACGUGUAAUUUCUAGAUAUGUAAAAUCAAAUAAUCUGGGCCAUGAUAAUUCCUUGAAUUUAUAGAAUACGAUAUAUCGCUUUCACAUUUAAUAAAUCAAUUUUUUGGUAAAAGAAUUUUUAAAAAUAAUUUUAAUCCGACUUUUUCGAGACGAUGUGAUAGUGGUACUCAUUUUGAAAUGGUUUGAAUUUAUUUAAAUGUCGCACAAUAAGCAUUUCUGUCUUUUAUAUAUGAGAUUUGUAGAUUUUUUUUUUUUUUUUUGCGAAAGAUCUUCGAUCACUUUGUCAACUAUUUUUUUUUUUUCGUUUUUCUGUUUGUGAGAAGAUUUUAUUAAUUCUUGUACUUUUUGAUUAUAAUCCUCUUAUUUUUAUCAGUUGCUCAUUAAUGUUUUUUCUCAUUCUUUUAUUAUAACUUUUUUUUUUCUAAACGUCUUAAGUCUCGGAAAUAAAAAUUGGGAACGUAGAUUUUUCCUGUACCUCUGCAUUUAAAUUUUUGCCACUAAUUUCAAACGUAGGUCCUUCACUUGUAGCAGCUUCUUGUUAAUCCUAUUUUUGAUAUCUUCUUUAUAAAAAGUCUAUCAAUAGGCAAAAAAAAUUGUAUCUUCUUUUUUAUUUUUCUCCCUUGAGACUUGAUAAUUGCUAUUAGAGUAUGAAGACAACGACGAACGCUUCUAUGCCUUUUUUCUUUUUAAUUAAUGAUUCUGAAUCAUUAUCACCUUGAUUCAAGUAUUCAUUAUUAUUUACAAUAUUUCUGGGUUUCUUCAAAUCUUGAUGUCCUUCAUAUAAAUAAUUAUUCUUCUUUUUCUUUUUUACACUAUUUUUGGAAAAUGAAAAAAAUUGUGAUUUAUUAAUUUUUUUUUUCAUUUCAAUUUAAUUAUGAAUAAAAUAAUAAGUAUCUGCUAAAUAUUUAACGUUAUAGAGUAUAUAUUUAAUCAGACGUGUAAUUUCUAGAUGUAAAGUCAAAUAAAUCUGGGCCAUGAUAAUUCUUUAAAUUUAUAGAAUACGAUAUAUCGCUUUCAUAUUUAAUAAAUCAAAUUUUUGUAAUAGAAUUUUUAAAAAUAAUUUUAAUCCGACUUUUUCGAGACGAUGUGGACAAUGAGAAAGAAUUUUUUUCUUGUCAAACAUCGAGGCCCAAUUGCGUUCAUUUUUCAAUAAUAAACAUAUACGUAAAAUUGUUAAGUACAUUUUGAAAUUAUAUAUAUAUAAAUAUAUAUUAUCAAGUGUUCAUUAUCUGUAUAAUAUUAUAUAACAAUAUUGAUUCAAGUCUAUUUAAUAGAAAAAAACUCGAAUAGUUGUUACACAUUUACUCGUGUCUUUACAUAUUAUUCUAGCUUCUAUUUACUUUCAACUAUUUAUUUUGCAUUAUUGUUUUUUAGUAUCCAAUUUUACGUCUCUUAAGAAAAAAUUUUUUUUUUUUAAUUUAGUGAUAACAUUUUAGGGAUCCCAUACUUUUUUCAUUUUUAAAUUCAUGUCAAAAUAAAGAUUAUCUAAAAUAAUAUUAAUAACAAAAAAAAACAAAUUCUUCAAGAAAAAAAAAGAAAAUAAUUAUUAUCGUAAUUUAUAAAGAUAUUUAAUAGGUGAAUGUUGGACCAAAACAAUUUUUGGCAAGUCUUAUGAAUAAAUUUUUUAUUCUGUCUUUUUAAAUCAUAUAUGUAAAAAAAAAUGGUAAAAAAACCAAAAAAAAAAAAAAAAUUCAAAGACAGUCGAAAGGGCCAAUGUUCAAUAUUUUGCGUUUUAAGCGAGCGAUGAAGUACUUACAAAUAUAUAGAAUUAAUAAAUCGAACUUAACGGAUUGCUCAAUAAUAGAUGAUUGGUAUAUAUUGAUUAUUAUUGUACUCGUAUAGGACGCUCCCGUUAUUUCAGUAUUGAUUAUUGACACGUAAAAAAAAAAGAAACUACUGUACUUUAAAUAUUUCACUCCGAUAUAAUUGCGACAAGUGGGAGCACUUUUUAAUUUAAAAAAGCGACUGGUUAAAAUACCGUAAAAAAAAAACCAAAGUCUUGAGUCUGUUUGUGAAAUUAAAAGUCCAAGUGUGUUCAUAUUGUCAGGAUGCAUGAGAUCCCUAGUUUUUAGUAAAUUGUAAAUCAAAUUUAGGUUUUUAAUUUUGUAAAAUGAUGGAAAAAUUUAUUUUCAUGGAUUUUUUUUAGUCUUUUUUUUUUUACUUAUAUAUUGUGUACAUAAUUCUUUCAGGAGUUUGAAUUGAAUUGAUUUUUUUUUUAUAAUCAAAUUAAAUAGAUGAUACCAAAUUGAUAUGUUGUAAAAUGUAUUGUUUUUAAAACGUAUUUUUUUUCUUUUUUUUUUUUUUGUAAAUUUUUGCUAGAUUUAUGGCGAAGCGACAAGUAAAUGGCGUAUUCUGUCGAUUAUGUGAAAAAUUUCUUACCGAGCAAAUUGUAUUUGCUGGAUUUUUAAGUCCAUUGUUUUAUUUAUAUGCGAAAUAUAUAUAUUUACACUGAAGAACAAUUUUUCAUGAUGAAAUUAUAAUUUUGUUAAUUUAAUUUAAGAAUUAUAUUGUAAUUGUAAAAGAAAGUGCUCUAUUGUGAAUAAUAAUUUUUUUUAAAUCAAGAAUUCAUUCAAAUUCUUAGAUUUUUAUUUUAAUUCAUUUAUAAAAUUGACAAUUUUUUGUUAUCAGUGUAGAUAUAAUAAUGAAAUUAUUAAUUAAGGAUAAUUGUAUCGACAAACUCCUGCAUAAUUUUUUUAACCAUUGUCUCGAUAUUUAGGCGGAUUAAUUGCAUUUUUAACGAGAACUGAGCUUAUUUAAUAUAAAACUGACAAUUAUAUUACGUAUGUUAAUAUAAAUGUUCUUUGCUAGGCCUGUAAAAUAUGUAAAAUAUAAAUUUUGAAUUUCGCCAAUUUCAAAAUCGAGAUAUAGGUGGCAUCGAAUUAGUUUAUUUGUAAAUUGUGAAUUGUUUUUUUUAAUUUUUUGCUCACGACUAAUGUUAAGUCUAACAAGAGCAAUUUUCUUCUUCUUUUUUGUUUGUUUUUGUUUAAGAAAUAACAAAUUAUUAUAUAAACUGGUGUUUAAUGGAAAUUGGGUCAUUUUGUGUAUGACACUUUUUUUUUUGUUACCUUCUUAAAAAAAUAUAUAUUAUGUACUUUUAUGUUGAUGUAUAGCAAGCAAGGGUAGCAACUUUAUAGAGAUUUUAACAUCGUUAUUGUAAUAAUUAUUAUUUAUAGUAUAAUUAAUAAAAUGAAAAUGGAUUAUUAGAUUAUUUUUUUUUUUUUUGAUUGUGGGAUUGUGAAUUGUUGCGAAAAGAUGACAAAGCAUACCUAGACUCGAUUUCACAGAUAUUAAACAUUGUUAUUAUUGUUGCAUUAAAGCUAAUAACAUUUUACAAUUAAUUAUAUGUCACUAUUAUAAACACAGGUAUAAUGAAAAUAUCAAAUCAAUAAAUUGUUUUGCAAAUUGAA